AUGAGGAGAGGUCCGUUCCACGCAGCGAAAUCCAUAGCACCAGUCGUGCACCCUUCGCCACUUGACGAUGUCAAGGUGUCCAAACCUGGCAGCGUCAUCCAUGGCCCCACCGGUUCAUCGCUGAAAGCCCGAACCAAACCUUCAUUCAAGAACGAGGGCGAGUUUAAGAAAGCGGUGGAGUUGCAUCUCGACUGGUACAACCGUGACCCGACGCCGUUCGUCUCGUUGUUCGACAGCGAAAAACAUGUCUGGAACUGGGCUAAGUACCACUUGGGACGUCACAACAACGACAUUGUCCUCUUGAAAAUUAAGGCGUCGGAACUGGGUUCGCUCUUUCGAGUGUGGUACUUGGUACAAUGCAAACUGGUUCAAACAUCGAUACGCAAGGAAUGGUACGAUGAAGGGUUCUUGGUGCUACGUAAGAUCCCCCGCCAAAGUAUUAUACAAACGAUCCACAUAUCACAAAUUGAAAAUUAUUCAAGCGAGGGCAGUGACAUAACAAGUAUUGACUCCGAUUCCGACUCCGACUCCGAUGUUAGCGAUACCGUCGAUGGUUGA